GUUUCUGUUCCUUUUACAGUAUUAGUAUUAUUUUUCCUGCUCGGAUUCCGCCAUGUUUGUUGUUUUUAUCUGUGGAGCGGAGCUAUUUUUGGAAAUUCGGUGCUCGGCGAUGUAUGCCUAUCGUCGGGAGCGAAAACCUAGCCCUCGAGGCCGCCACAAUAAAGCCGCCGCUCCUCUCCUCGCCGGUGGCGCCGGGGCCUCUAGGCCGUCCCCCCUUCCGCCCCCGCGGAUUCCUUGUCCCCGACCUCGUCGCCGCGCUCGUCCUGGACGGCGACGGACGCCGGCUAGAUGGCCAGCCUGGUUAAUAGCUGGUGAGACGGUUGCUAGCACGCCAAGCUCUUCAGCUGUGGUGUCAUGCAAUAGAAUUGAGCAUUCUGAGCAAAACAUAAAGGACGACGAAUACACGAUGCUGAUGACGCCAACUCAACAUGCAACAGCUGACAACAACACAGAAAUUUUACCUCAGCAACCCAAGUCAAGUCACUUCAGUUGGUGGAUGACAGCUCUGCUUGUCUGCUUCCUUCUUAUAAUGGCAACUUAUAUCUUUGUGAAAUUUGGAGCCCCCUUUGCCUUUGAGAAGGUUCUUUUUCCAAUCAUGAAAUGGGAAGCAAGUGCCUUUGGUCGUCCAGUAUUGGCUCUUGUCCUCGUCGCGUCUUUGGCUAUCUUCCCACUCAUUUUAGUCCCCUCUGGACCUUCUAUGUGGUUAGCAGGAAUGAUCUUCGGUUAUGGCUGGGGUUUCGUGAUUAUUAUUGUUGGGACUACUCUUGGCAUGGUUGGAGCAUAUUGGAUCGGCUCAUUGUUCCGCGAGCGACUACAUGCAUGGUUAAAGAGAUGGCCUCAGCAGAUAGCUCUAAUAAAGCUUGCUGGCGAAGGGAGUUGGUUCCACCAGUUUCGAGUGGUUGCGCUAUUCAGAGUCUCACCGUUUCCAUACUCGAUUUUUAACUAUGCCGUGGCCGUGACAGAAAUCAAAUUCAGCCCUUAUGUAUGUGGUUCAGUUGCCGGAAUGACACCUGAGGCAUUCAUCUAUAUCUACAGCGGGCGGUUGAUACGUACGCUGGCCGAUGUGAAGUAUGGCAAGCAUAAGUUGACUACUGUGGAGAUAAUCUACAGCAUAAUCUCGUUCAUCGCUGCCGCUGCCCUCACGGUCGCCUUCACAGUUUACGCCAAGAAGUCGCUGAACAACAUAAAAGGCCCAGAUGAUAUCUCAGAGGACCACCAACCUGCUGCUGGCUCUGCUGGGGUGACUGCACUAAAAAAUGGCCAUCAGGACGUGCAUAUCCUGUAGCUUUGUUUACAUGUCGUAUGAUGUCUGUAUUCAUUCAAUUCAUCAGAGAAAAUAGGUAGCUAGGCUCUGACAGCAGGUGGAUGCACCUGUCUUCUAACUAGAUAAAUAUGUAUGGUUUUACUGCUUGAUUAGUUUCAUGUGGUUGAUCACCCAACAUGUAUUUUGGCCUUGUUGUUGGCUACUGGAAAUUUGGCCUUCUCUUGAGGUGCACAUAUUUUUUGUUUA